AUGACUUCUCUCCUUCCUUCUAUAUGUAAGAUCAAUAACUCCAUAUCGUUGUCAAAAGAAUGUUAUCGUUCCGCUUGGCAUCGCCCUGGUACCUUAGUAUCACACGUCUCUCGUCUAGAGGACUCAGGCCUAGCCACUAUCUCAGCACACUCGGCCGAAUUCACCGAAUCAAACUUUUCAGUUACUGCUGUUACACCUGGAUUUCAGCCCAUAGAUUGGUAUUCGAGUCCCACCAGAAAGGCUGUCCAACGGGUCCAGAUACAGGUCACUGCAAAUGGACAAGAGACUCCUAUUAGACUCCAAUUACCCGCGCCAUUAACUGAAGGCACAGUUGAACAGGCUGAUUCUCUGCCUCCUUACUGA